CUACCACCCACCAACGGGCACACUGUGCACCCCCCAAAAGUCACCGAAUUGGUCAAAUUCGUUUUACUGUUGUGAAGGGUUUGUUCGAAAGCCGUGCGCUAGCUUCAAUUUUGUCGUAAGCAAAACAAAAAAAAAGAAAAUCAACCGAAAAUGUUCGUGUCGACAGUCUCUCGCAUUGCCCCCGUUGCCAGGAGCGCUCUCCUCGCCAACUCCAAGCAGUACUUGCGACCAUUGAGCAGCGCCGUCAUUAGCCAGAGCCAGACUUUGGCCGCUCAGAACACAACCCCAGUUGCAUUGCUGCCACAGAUCAGGUCAUUCCAGACCUCGCCAGUCACGCGUGACAUUGAUUCGGCUGCCAAAUUCAUUGGCGCUGGUGCCGCAACAGUCGGUGUCGCUGGAUCCGGUGCUGGUAUCGGAACAGUAUUCGGUUCCCUUAUCAUCGGCUACGCCAGGAACCCAUCGCUGAAACAGCAGCUGUUCUCCUACGCCAUUCUGGGCUUCGCCCUGUCCGAGGCCAUGGGUCUGUUCUGUUUGAUGAUGGCCUUCCUGCUGCUGUUCGCCUUCUAAGCGAUCCCUGUGCACAUCGAUUGCUCGUCCUUGUUUCCUGCAAUCGGGCGUGUGUGCAAGUCGCAUGCGAACGAGAAUAGCAACCAAACAACACUUCAAACAAACAACAACAACCAGAACAAGCAACACCAACGUUCGUUUUCGAUUAUUAAUGAUAAAAUGAUUGAUUGAUUGAUAGCAAACAAGAACAUCCUGUACCACUAUCUAAUUAUAAAUACCAACAACCACAUAAUAUAUGUAAUUUUGUUUUUAAAAAACAUGCGAGCGAGGAGAAGACCACACACCUACUUUAAGUUGAACAACCGAAAUAUCAGGAGGAAGGAUUUGGAUUGGAUUCGAUUAGCCCCCAGACGACAAAGAUUAAAAUUAGAUUUUAAUUGAAGUAAGCUUCCGGCUCACUGAAAAACCCGAACCGCAUCCUCGGAUGAAGUCCAGUCCAGCUCAACACUUUGCAAAUCCCGCAAGGGACCUUCAUGUCCGCUGACCAAGGCUCUCUCUCUCCCCCGAAGUUCUUGGACAUCGAAACGACUAAAAUCUCCAGCGGCAGGCAAUGCGUGGAGGUCCUUUCUGCAAAGACCACCCCGGAUUUGCGAGUGUGUGGGCGUGGCUGGUCGGAAGUCUGGAGGAGCGUUGGGCUCAGCAACUUUUUCGAUUUUAUUGUGGCGCGUACUGAAAAUCCCCAUUGUUUUCAAGUAUUUUGUAUUCGAAGAAAAUCAGUUUCCUUAACGUAAACACUGUUUUUUUUUUAUUGCCACUUAAUAUUUAUUAUGGAACAUGUUAUAAAAGUGGUUGCGAACGAUUUGAGCCGAAGAGCGCAUCUGAAACGUGAAAUAAAGUAGAAAUGAAUGUGUAAAGGA